AUGGACAGGAACAUUCUUGAUGCUGUUAGUGGUGGAGCAUUAGUCGAUAAAACUCCAGUUGCUGCCAAAGCCCUUAUUGAAAAUAAGUCUCUUAAUUCUCAACAGUUCACCACUAGAGACAAUUCUGUGCAAAGCAAAGGCGUGAGUCAAAUUCAAGUUUCUUCCAACAAAGCUUUAGAUACCAGAAUUGACGAACUCACUGCCUUGGUCAAACAGUUGGCAGUAGCAAAACCUCAAACAGCAACUUUGUGUGGCAUUUGUACUUCUCCUGAGCACCCGACCGAUACUUGUUCUAUUCUGAGAGACGAGUCCAUUACUGAGCUGCCACAAGCUUAUGCAGCCAACCUUUACAAUCAAAAUAGCCAACAACAUAACUCACCUCAAGUGGCUGCCCUUGCACCUUCCGGACCAUCCUUGGAGGAUCUUGUUAAGCAAAUGGCCGUGAACAACCUCCAGCUCCAACAAAGGACCGAUGCUAGCAUUCAGACCUUGAACACACAGAUGGGACAGCUUGCUACUCAAAUAAAUAACAUGCAAGCUCAAGGUUCGAACCAACUUCCAGCCCAGACAGUUGUCAAUCCGAAUGGUCCUAAUGCUAAUGUGAGCGCAAUUUCUUUGAGAUCCGGAAAAGUUAUAGAACCAGCCCCUGAAAAAAAUAAAAAAAUCAUUGAGGUUCCAAAGUAUGCAAAAUUUCUAAAAGACUUGUGCACAAGUAAGAAAAGGUUGAAGGGCAAUGAGAGAGUAUAUUUGGGACGAAACAUUUCAGCCCUUAUCCAACCUAAACAUUCACCUGAAAAAGCUACUGUUUCAUCCCUCAAUCAGGCCAUACCCCAAAAGUGCAAGGAUCCAGGAACUUUUUAUAUUCCAUGUACCAUUGGAGAUAGUGAAUUCGACAAUUGCAUGCUUGAUUUGGGAGCAGACAUUAAUGUUAUUCCUACUUCUGUUUAUAAUAACCUUGAUCUUGGUCCUUUACAGCAUACAGGGACAUUGUGGGCAUUUUCACAAUUGUUAUUGCAUUGUUGUGCAUUAGUCCUGGCUACUAGGUCUUCUUGUUCUGAGCUUUUUGAUUUCGAUCAUGAGGUAGAGAGAACUUUGCACACACGUCGUAGAGCAGGCCAGACUAGCAAUAGUUCACCACCCACAAUUGAGUCUGAUUCUGAUUCUGAUUACUUUCAUAACUUGUUUGAUUCGGAUUCUGAAAUUGUUUUUGAUAUGGCUGACCAAAGAGCUUUAAGGCAGUUAGUUGCCCCUGAUGUGAAUUAUAAUGGCUUGUGUUGA